GAGUAGCAAGAGGAAAGCAAGAAUGGGGGGACUGAAGUGUGAAACAGGGGAAACAUGUGACCCCCGCGCCUGCCCCAAUCUGAGCGUCCUCGGGUGUCACGUGACCGGGAAGGGCGGAGAGCCCCGCGCACGUCGCGAGGACGAGCAGCCACCGCCUCCGUUGCCCUUCUAGCUUCUGGUUUCUCUGUUGCUGAACCUCCAGAAAUCCAAGCGGGCGGGCAGACUUCCUGCAGCAUCAAUUCUCCACCUUUCCUUUCCCGGGUGGCCGCGCUACGCGAAAUCUCAAUUUCUGAAAAGAAUUUUUUGUGUACAGGCCCCACUCAUCCCAGGAGUUGACUGUUCAGCAGGUAUCCACACUCCCGCCAGCAUUUCUUCUUCCGAAGUCUCUUAACUCCCUCGCACUCCCUCCCUCCAAAGGUUUCAGUUUGUUUUCUUGCUGGGAAAACGAAGAACGACGAGGAGAAAAAAAGAAGGAAGGCGGUAGAUGACAAACGUAGAAUAAAUGUCCAGCUCGUCCGGGUAGCGAAAUGGAGGGAGGGGACAAGCCGAGGGGCGGCGAAGAGGGAGCUGCCCAUUAAAACCAGCUCUGAGAGUCCUGGCGGCGGCGGCAGCGGCGGCGCGGGACGCGUCACAUCCCCUUGACCCUCCAAUCACCUCGGGCUCCCAUUUGAUUGGAAGGCGGCAAAGGCUUUAAUCUCCCCCUCGGUGCAGCUGCUUUUGAAGUGAGUUUCCUCGCCAGAGCCCCGGCUGGACAAGCAGCGGCUCACAUCGCCGAGCGCAGCGCCGGCUCGGGGCCGGAAGAGCGCAGCGCAGGGCACAGCCCGAGACAGACACCGCGCACCGCGGGGGCACUCCCGCAGUCCAUCCUGCUCUUCUAGCCCCGCCACGGCUCCCCUGCGGGCCACCCAGGAUUAUUCGCUUCUGACUCCAGGCGGCGAGAAGGCGCGCGGGGCUCCCGCGUCCGCCGCGCCAGCUCCUCCUCCAGCUGCUCCGGCUCCCCGGGCGAACGCGCAGCCCGGAGCCCGCCCCGCGCGUCUCGGAGCCCUCCCCCCGCUGCUCCCAUGCGCGCGGGUGGGUCAUGAGCACAGCGCCCUCGCUUUCUGCCCUAAGAAGCAGUAAGCACAGCGGCGGCGGCGGUGGCGGCAGUGGCAGUGCGGACCCUGCCUGGACCAGCGCGCUUUCUGGAAAUUGCUCCGGCCACGGCCCAGGCUCCUCCCCGGCCGGCAGCACCAAGCCUUUUGUGCACGCCGUGCCCCCCUCUGACCCCCUGCGCCAGGCUAACCGCCUGCCCAUCAAGGUGCUGAAGAUGCUGACGGCACGGACUGGCCACAUUUUACACCCAGAGUAUCUGCAGCCCCUGCCUUCCACGCCCGUCAGCCCCAUCGAGCUGGACGCCAAGAAGAGCCCACUGGCGCUGCUGGCUCAAACAUGUUCGCAGAUAGGGAAGCCGGACCCUUCGCCCUCUUCCAAACUCUCCUCGGUCGCCUCCAACGGGGGCGGCGCGGGUGGUGCAGGCAGCGGAGCCGGGGGCGACAAGGACGCCAAGUCGGGCCCCCUGAAGCUGAGCGACAUCGGCGUGGAAGACAAGUCGAGUUUCAAGCCUUACUCUAAACCCGGCUCAGAUAAGAAGGAGCCGGGAGGCGGCGGCGGAGGCGGCGGUGGCGGCGGCGGCGGCGGGGGUGUUGCUGCGGAGAAGUCAGGAUUCCGGGUACCGAGCGCCACCUGCCAGCCAUUUACGCCCAGGACAGGCAGUCCCAGCUCCAGCGCCUCGGCCUGUUCGCCGGGAGGCAUGCUGCCCUCCGCCGGGGGCGGCCCGGAGGGCAAGGACGACAAGAAAGAUCCGGAAGCUGGCGGCGGUGGCAGCAGCAAGGGCUCCGGGGGCGCCCCGGCGGACGGGGUACCUGCCGGGCUGGCGCAUGGCCGGAUUAGCUGCGGCGGCGGAAUUAACGUGGAUGUGAACCAGCACUCCGAAGGGGGUCCAGGAGGCAAGGCUCUAAGCUCGGACUGUGGUGGCUCUUCCAGCUCCAGCUCGGGUUCGGGCCCCAGCGCACCCACCUCGUCGUCGGUGUUGGGCUCCGGUCUGGUAGCCCCGGUAUCUCCCUACAAGCCGGGCCAGACUGUGUUCCCUCUACCCCCCGCGGGCAUGACCUACCCAGGCAGCCUGGCUGGGGCCUACGCUGGCUACCCGCCCCAGUUCCUGCCACACGGUGUGGCGCUCGACCCCACCAAGCCUGGCAGCCUGGUAGGGGCUCAGCUGGCAGCGGCCGCAGCCGGCUCUCUUGGUUGCAGUAAGCCAGCGGGUUCGAGUCCUCUGGCUGGGGCGUCGCCGCCAUCAGUGAUGACAGCCAGUUUGUGCCGGGACCCAUACUGCCUCAGCUACCACUGCGCCAGCCACUUGGCCGGGGCUGCAGCUGCCAGCGCCUCGUGCGCGCAUGAUCCGGCUGCUGCAGCGGCAGCGCUCAAAUCGGGAUACCCGCUGGUGUACCCCACGCACCCACUGCACGGCGUGCACUCCUCACUGACGGCUGCCGCUGCUGCAGGCGCCACACCACCCUCCUUAGCCGGCCACCCCCUCUACCCCUACGGCUUCAUGCUCCCUAACGACCCGCUCCCCCACAUCUGCAACUGGGUGUCAGCUAAUGGGCCGUGCGACAAGCGCUUCGCCACGUCCGAAGAGCUGCUGAGCCACUUGCGGACCCAUACGGCCUUCCCAGGGACAGACAAACUGCUGUCGGGCUACCCCAGUUCUUCGUCUCUCGCCAGCGCCGCCGCAGCAGCCAUGGCUUGUCACAUGCACAUCCCCACGUCGGGCGCACCAGGCAGCCCAGGGACCCUGGCGCCAUGUGUAGCCCCCCACCACGCACUGGCCAGCAGCCGCUACCACCUGUAUUCCAAGAGCCCUCCCACGCCUGGUGCCCCAGUGCCGGUGCCUGCUGCCACCGGACCCUACUUCCCUUAUGCCCUCUACGGACAGAGACUGACCACUGCCUCCGCACUGGGGUAUCAGUGAGGGCGGCCUAGAAGAAUUUGGAAAAAGAGGAAGGAGCUGGGGGGAUGGGAGGUGCGAGGGAGGGGCAGGGCCCGAGAGAGGUUCCUGACACCCUCAGGGGCAGAAGACCCAGGCUACCGAAGGGAAAAGAAAGUUUAAAUCUUACCUAUCCACCCAACCAGAGAGCGCGAGUGAGCCUGGAUGGGAAACUUCUCCACCCCUACUCCCCAACAAAACUUUAUAAAAGUUGAAAAAAAAAUCAUUUGACUUUUUAUAGAAAAAGAAGGAAAAAUAAUUGAGAAAGUGUUCAUCUGAGGACUUCGCCGGUGAACAUUGGUAUUUAUUUAUGUUAGCUCCAAGCGGACCCGUGGUUCAAAAGUGCAUUAUUUAGUUUGAGCUCCGUAGGUUAAAAGGAAGAGGGGGGAAUUAAAACCCGAGGGUAAAUAUGUGGAAAACAAACCCUCCGAUCCCUUGUAGAGUAUAAAUAAAAACAAAACCGCUACAGAAUUAGGGGUCUUCUCUUUAAUGUUACUUUAAAAUUGCUAUGAUUGUAUUGUGCGUUCUUAUUUAAUGUCUGAUUGAAACUCAAAUUUACAUGCAUGUUUGUUACAAAAAAAGAAAUGAAAAAGACGAAACAAAAUAAGUCACAAUUUGUCAACUCUGAUUUCAAAUUGCAAUUAUUUUUAAGGUGUACACCAUCGAAAGAGAAUGGGUAUUUUUUUGUAUGUAUUCUGGAAGAAAACAAAAAAAAAAGGAAAAACAAUUCUAUUCCAAAACCUCAUUUGCCUUAUUUUGUUCUUUAAAAGGAACACUUAACUGUUUUUAAUUUUUAAGUCCACCCGCUGAGAAGGGGACAAGGUUUACGUCAUGUGCUAAAAUAAUAGACAAUGUAUCGCUUUAAAGAUUAAAUUCCGUAUAUUUGAUGUAUUAAAAGGUUUUACUUCUUAUUAU